AAGAAUGUCAAAAAACCAAAGAAGGCUGAGGUGAACUACCUACCCCCUCAUGCUCAAGGUGAAACUAGUGAAAGUUUGGAAAAAGAGAGAAUCGAGCUACUGAGUGAAGUGAUGAAAAGGGACAACUCCAGAGUGGUAGCUCAGAAAAUGGACAAGACGUUCAGCCUUCGUCGGGAGGAAAUAGUGAAAGAGGCCCCUGCCAUCAGUGACUUCAUGAAGCGCUGGCCUGCUCUUUUUAGCGAGGUACAGAUAUGUGAAGAAUUUAAGAGGAUAACAACAGUCAGCCUUGAAUCAACCUUUCUGGCCAGGCUUGACCAAUGCACCCCAAAACUGAUGGCCUUGACCCUGUCAAAAGGAGGAGCUGCAGGUCUGAGGAUGAGGCAGAUUAAGGACAUGCUUCUGCAGGACAACACAGUUGAAAAGCGCAGAGAAAUUGGUAUUCGCUGCCUCAUAGUCUAUCUUGGAGAGAAGGAGGAGGAUCUUUUCAAACAAUACAGCGAUGAGGAGGAGCUCAACGCAGACCUUGCAAUGCAAAUCAUGAAGAUUGCUAUCAUUGGUGAUGGGCCUGCAACCAUCAUCGUUGAGGGAUCCAAAAUCCUGGAGAGGAUUGAUGUUGCCAGAUCCUGUGCUUUGAUGAUGGGAGUAAUCUACGCUCUGAACCUUACCUAUCCCAAGCAGCUGAAAUUUACCUUUGAGAUGGCACUCUCCAGGGUUCCUGACUUCUGCCUCCACACACCUAAUGUAAUCAUGGGCCUGUUCCCGAUGAUCUUGUUGUGGCCUCUUAAGGGAGUGGCAGAUCUUCACCUAUUAGCAAAGGAAACUGAGAGCUCAGACUAG